CGCUGCCGCGAGAUUUAAAUGAGACAAUCUGACAUUUUUAAAUCCCUUCCAGUCUCGGAGGUUUCGAGACUUUUCCCCCGAAUAUUUCGCAAUAUUUUGGUGAUCGUGUCUUGUUUAUUUCACUAAUUAAUUAGUUACCUGAUCUAAUUACAUACAAGUAGGGUUUCGAGUAUCGAACGACUGCAAAUACGCCCUGAAAGAAAGGAUUUCACGUUCGAUUUUAUUGGCGGCGGCAAACUUUCAACGUCGAAGAAGGUGAAGUUGUGGUGUUCAUUCAGUGAUGUUGGCGUCGUCGGCUGAAAGUGUCCUUCUUUGGGACAUUCCUCAACUGAAAGAGAAGACUGAUCCGAAUAGCAGUAAAUUAUCGGUACAACUGACCAAACAGUGGAAUAAAUCUGCCGAAGACACUGGAACCAUCACAGACAUUACCUGGAAUACUCCAAAAACUACCAUCCUUGGUGUGUUCAACAAUUAUGGACCCAUAUUCUUUUGUUCCGUUGGUGAAUUCACUAACACUGAACAAACCUUGAAGAACACAAAUAUGGUUGGUCAGAAGUGUAUUGCCUUAGGAGCAAAGGACAGAAUCAUUGCUGCAGCUGGUCAAGACAACUUGCUACAUGUCUACCACUUGACUGGUUCAAGUCAAACCACUACAUUGUCAGGUCACAGCAGCAGUGUUACUACAAUCCAGUUCAGCGACAAUGGCAGCCAUAUUGCAUCAGGAUCGGAUAAUGGAGAAAUAAUUCUGAACAACAUGGUAUAUCGAGACACAUCUACUCCUCUUUUGGCACCAAGAGUCCAGGCUAUCAACGACCUCUGCUAUUCACCACACAAGGCCUCAGUUCUUGGUUCCGUGUCUGCUGAUGGAGCCAUUAAUAUCUGGGAUGCAGGUCGUGCUAAACUCUUACACUCAGCCAACCAAAUUCAUUCAGCAUCAGCAACAGGUCUGUCGUUUUUCCAAGACAAACAAAUUCUUGCCAGUGUUGGACUGGACGGAGAACUGGCCCUCUUUGACAGUUCUGCCUUUAAUGCGAUAUCUGUGACGUCCGUGAAGUCAGCUCUGACCUGUGUCGAUGUCUGUGGAGAUUUGAUCUGUGUGGGAAGCAAGCAAGGCUCCCUCUAUGUGUUUGAUCGACGCUCAAUGAAGUCCGCCCUCGUCUGCAAGGAAUCUGCCCACAAAUCUGCCAUCUCUUGUGUCAAGUUCCGAAAGAAUCAUGAUAGGUUUUCAUCUGGAAGCUUCAACCUCAGUGCCAACAUGCCUACUACUACAUCACCCGAAGUGGCAGAAGUUACAUCACAGCCAGUUUGUGUCACUCCUGAUUUGUCUCAUUCUUCAUCAGCCGUAAAUGAUCAACGAAACGUUGAUGCAUUGGGCCUGUUUUCUCCUGCAAGUGCAAACGCCAGUUUUAUCCCAUCAGACAUCAGUUGCAACCAGAGUAACACCUCUGAUAUCAGCCUCUUGUGGCCAUCAUUUGCAGAAACCUCCCUCCAGCUCUCACAUUUACCCACUGACAGUCCAGCUUCACCUUCCAAAGACUCAGGUAGACCCACCAACCCCUCUGCUGCCGGCUCUGCUUUCACUUCAGCUCAGCUGCAAUCACCAUUUGACUUCACCUCAAUGGUCCACAGAAAAGCAGACCUUGGAACCCAGGGCAGCAGCAGUGCCCAAGCGGCCCUGCUAAACAAACAAUCUCCUCAGCCCGUGUUGGAGAUGGACGUCCAUCACAUCACACCGGUCACGUCACGUAAGUCUUCUUUAAUGAACAGAAGAAAUUGGGAUGUCAGGGACCUGGUCUCCCCAACAGAGACUUUUAAUAGCCAGGGGACAGCAUCCAGCAGCAGCGGGAUGUCACCAACAAUGACAACAAACACAAAGGUAUCCACCCCUGUCACUGUUGAAAUUGUCAUGCAGAAAGCUGCACCUUCAGCAACCACUGCACCCAGCCAGAUCCACUCCAUACCACUAACAGCAACAACUGCAACAGAAUCGGUUGCUCCCACCAUGACCACUGCUGCAACUGCUGCAGCUGCACCUAACAUUCCAUCGUCUAACUCGGUCUCUUUUAAGCUGCUGCACAGUGUUGUCUACGAUGCAAUGGAAGUAUUCACAGACAACAUCCACAACGAUUUCCUCUGUAUGCAGAUGAAUGUUCUGCGCAUGAUGCAACAACAAAAGGUCGAGAUUUUUAAUGGACUCCAGCAACAUCUGUCUCUUGUCAAAGAUCUGAUUGCUGAAAAUCAACAGCUGAAACUAGAAAAUAAACAGCUGAGGAAAAACUACUGAUUCAUUUUGUAAAUGCAGGUGACUGUCUAAAUUACUGAGUCACUGUAUAAAUUACUAAAUAGCUUACCAAGUCACCAUGUAAAUAUACUGUGCAGUUUUCAUUGUUAUAUAAAUGAUUAUACAUAUGUGUGUGUGUGUGUGUGUGUGUGUGUGUGUGUAUGUAUAUAUAUAUAUAUAUAUAUUUAAAAAUAUAUAUUUUAGAGAGAGUGUCUAUAAUAUCUGUGUAUAUACCUAUGUUAAUAUCUCGGUUCAGAUUCAGCCAAGGUCAGCAUUGCUUUUUAUCCUCCCAGUGUUAAAACAAAGUACCAGUGAAAUACUGUGGGAUAACUUAAUCAACUGUACCCCUCUCUCAAACUCCAGGCUUUGUGCCUAUGUUAAAAUCUAUGAUGAUUGUUAUUAUUAUUUUGAUUAAUAAAGAAAGCAUUAUCAUUAUUA